UUUCUCGACCAGUAACCACCACGUGUCUCCCUUCUUUCAAACUAAUAAAUCAUGGGUCCACUGUAACAGAGAACUCUGAGAAGCACUCGAUCUCUGCCACCCUCCGCUCUCUUUCUCUCCCAAGAACGCCUUUAUAUAACUUGCUUCGUGCCUAGGCUACUAUACGCGCGUCUUCGUCACUCUACAAAACCUUAAUUAAACUUUAAUAACUACAUUACUAAUCCCAUUUUUCUUAUUAAACCUCCCCUACCCCGCCAUUAUUCUCAAAGAAAAUCCAAACGACGACGACGAAGCAAAACGUAUACGCAUAGCUUAUCAGUCACCUGCGUAACGCCAUUUUUUCUUCCUUAGAAUAAGCAAACAAUGCGUUGAUUGUCAUCGGAAGCAAGAAGUUGAAAUUGCGGUAACACAAAGCGGCAAAGCAACAGCUGAAGCAAGAAAAAAAGAAAAAAAAGCAAAAGAGGAUCCUUAUCUGUUUCUUCAAGCCAUUUCUUGCUUAUAUAUAGAUUCCAAAAGGAGUAAAUCAAGACAUCUUAUCGAUCUUGAAUAACUGGAUGAUGGUAAUUGCAGCGAAAAUGGUAAGAGGAAAGAAGGUAGAGAUUGUUUCUCUACUUAUUCUUGUGAUAGUGAUGGCGGCAACGGCGGCGACCGUGACGUAUGACCACCGUGCUCUUGUAAUCGACGGGAAAAGGAAGAUUCUGAUAUCUGGCUCAAUUCACUAUCCUCGUAGCACUCCUGAGAUGUGGCCAGACCUUAUACAGAAAUCAAAGGACGGUGGCUUGGACGUUAUAGAGACGUACGUGUUCUGGAAUGGUCACGAGCCUGAGAAGAACAAGUAUAAUUUUGAAGGAAGAUAUGAUUUAGUAAAAUUUGUGAAGCUUGCUGCUAAAGCUGGUCUCUACGUUCAUCUACGAAUUGGUCCUUAUGCUUGCGCAGAAUGGAAUUACGGUGGUUUCCCAGUGUGGUUACAUUUUGUUCCUGGAAUUAAGUUUCGAACUGACAACGAACCAUUUAAGGCGGAAAUGCAGCGGUUCACUGCCAAGAUUGUUGAUCUGAUGAAGCAAGAAAAGCUAUAUGCAUCACAAGGAGGCCCAAUCAUUCUCUCCCAGAUUGAGAAUGAAUACGGGAAUAUUGAUUCAGCUUAUGGUGCUGCUGGUAAAAGUUAUAUGAAGUGGUCUGCUUCUAUGGCUCUUUCACUAGAUACUGGAGUACCCUGGAACAUGUGCCAACAAGGAGAUGCUCCUGAUCCCAUUAUCAACACAUGCAACGGUUUCUACUGUGACCAGUUUACUCCCAACUCAAACAACAAACCUAAGAUGUGGACCGAGAAUUGGAGUGGAUGGUUCCUUGGUUUUGGAGAACCGACCCCUUACAGGCCAGUUGAAGAUCUUGCAUUUGCGGUCGCACGGUUUUUCCAACGAGGUGGAACUUUCCAGAACUAUUACAUGUAUCAUGGUGGAACAAACUUUGAAAGAACAAGUGGAGGACCCUUAAUCUCUACUAGUUAUGACUAUGAUGCUCCCAUUGAUGAGUAUGGACUUCUGAGACAACCAAAAUGGGGACACUUGCGAGAUCUACACAAGGCUAUCAAGCUUUGUGAAGACGCCUUGAUUGCUACAGAUCCAGAAAUUACUUCGUUAGGUUCAAAUUUGGAGGCAGCUGUAUACAAAACUUCAUCUGGAUCAUGCGCUGCUUUUCUUGCAAACAUCGGCACACAAUCUGAUGCAACUGUGACUUUCAAUGGCAAAUCAUAUCGCUUGCCUGCAUGGUCCGUUAGCAUCUUGCCGGAUUGCAAGAAUGUUGCUUUCAACACAGCAAAGAUAAAUUCUGCAACGGAGUCUACCGCAUUUGCUCGUCAAUCAUUAAAGCCAGAUGGUGGUUCGUCUGCGGAACUAGGAUCACAAUGGAGUCACAUAAAAGAACCUAUUGGAAUAUCCGAGGCUGAUGCAUUGGUGAAACCUGGAUUGUUGGAGCAGAUUAACACUACAGCUGAUAAAAGCGACUACUUGUGGUACUCACUGAGGAUGGAUAUUAAAGGCGAUGAGACUUUCCUUGAUGAAGGAUCCAAAGCUGUCCUUCACAUCCAAUCCAUAGGCCAAGUGGUGUAUGCUUUUAUAAAUGGAAAACUUGCAGGAAGUGGAAAUGACAGGACAAAUAUUUCUUUGGACAUCCCAAUUAAUCUUGUAACUGGGAAGAACACAAUUGAUCUUCUUAGUGUGACCGUAGGGCUUGCGAACUAUGGAGCUUUCUUUGACAUAAUUGGAGCAGGAAUCACCGGUCCUGUGUCACUUAACAGCGCGAAAACUGGUAGCUCAAUGGAUUUGUCAUCACACCAAUGGACUUAUCAGGUUGGACUCAAAGGGGAAGACACAGGUUUAGGAAGUGGAGAUUCUUCUGAAUGGGUUUCAAACUCUCCUUUGCCCACUAACCAGCCACUAGUUUGGUACAAGACAACAUUUGACGCUCCUUCUGGGAGUGAACCAGUAGCUAUAGACUUCACAGGCACAGGAAAAGGCAUUGCGUGGGUGAACGGACAGAGCAUAGGUCGGUACUGGCCGACCAGUAUUGCACGAACCGAUGGUUGCGUAGGGUCAUGCAACUAUAGAGGAACUUACCGCAAUGACAAAUGUCUCAAGAACUGUGGAAAACCUUCGCAGACAUUGUAUCACGUGCCUCGCUCGUGGAUUAAACCAAGCGGGAACACUCUUGUUCUGUUGGAAGAAAUGGGUGGAGAUCCGACAAAGAUAUCUUUUGCAACUAAACACACAGGAAGCAACUUGUGUUUGAAGGUGUCAGAGUCUCAUCCAGCUCCUGUGGACACGUGGACUUCGGACUCCAAGUUCUCAAACAGAACUAGUCCGGCGGUUCUUUCCUUAAAAUGCCCUGUCUCCACUCAGGUGAUAUCUUCUAUAAGAUUUGCAAGCUUCGGUACACCCACAGGUAGUUGCGGUAGUUUUAGCCACGGCCGUUGCAAUAGCGCCCGAUCUCUCUCCGUGGUUCAAAAGGCGUGUGUUGGAUCAAGGAGUUGCAAAGUUGAAGUCUCGACAAGAGUCUUCGGAGAGCCUUGUCAUGGCGUCGUCAAGAGCUUAGCUGUGGAAGCUGUUUGUGCAUGAGUGACAUGUUCCUUUUACCUCCGCAGAUUUGAUAUGAUAUGUAAUUGUUUUAAAAUAAAGCAAAUGAAAUGGAUGAUAAUAUGAAGUCGUCAAUUCAAAUAAAUUUGGCAGGAAUUAAAAAAGUUCUCUUUUUGUAGCUAUUUGUUACUCUUAGAGUGUAGACACAAAAAAAAAUGUUGUAUCAAGAUACUUUUUAGCCA